AUGUUUGGUGAAUAGUUUUAUUUAGUUUUUGGUAUUCUUUUGAAUUUUGGAGAGAAGAGAGAAAACCAUUCAAAAGCGACUUUAUAUUUAUUAGUUCAAAAUUUAUUAACAUACUAAUUUGAGUUGUUACCGACAAUGUUGGGUUUUAUAUAUUUAAUAUUUAGUUCUUAUAAUAGCUGGAGGAAAUAAUAACAAUUGCCCUAAUAAAUAUGCGAGAUGUAAAUUCUCUUACAGGAACUUGGGAUUUAAUAAUUGUACAACCAGAAUUGCCAAGAUUUGAUGAAUAAAAAUGCAAAAAGGGGGUUCCAUUUGAGAACCUUAAUUACUAAAAAUAAUAUUUUGAACUUUUUUAUAAUUACUUAUUACAUCAUUAAAUUUUAUUAAUAAAUAAGUUAACUAUGAGAACGUAAAUAAAAUAUUCUUAAUUCUUAGACACUAGGAGUAUCAGUUAAUUUCCACAGUGCAAAUGUAAGUCUAAAGAAUUAGGAAAAAAUAUCCUAUCUAAAUAAAUUUAGAAUCUUUUAUUUAGGAAGUUCAACAAAUAUUUUAACUUGAAAAUCAAGAAAUCAUGCAAAAACAAAUACUUAACAUACUUCAAAAGAAUAAAAUUCUAAGAUCAUCUGUUUAAAUUAAUUAAUUUAGAAUAUAAGAAAAAUAAAUCAUUUUAAAAGCUAACUCAAUAUAUGUGAAAAUAAAUAAAAAUGGUAGAUUAAUGUAUCAAAACAAUGAGUUAAAUAUAGUUUUCUAAAUUUUAAAUAACCUUUGCAUAUAUCAUGGUUAAGUCGUGAACAAAAAACCUAAUGGUGAAGGGUGCUUCAAGUGGAUCAAUGGUGAAUAGUAUAUUGGUCAAUGGUAGAAUGCUUAGAAACACGGGAUUGGCUAAUGGAUUGGACUAGAAGGAGAUACAUACAUAGGAUAAUGGGUCAAUGGCUAAUAGGAUGGUUUGGGCGAACACAAAUGGAAUGGAAAUGUCUAUUUUGGUUAAUGGACUAAUUCAGUCAAGAAUGGAUAUGGUAUUGAGUAAUUCUUAAACGGUGAUAAGUACAUAGGAAAUUAUUUUUAUGGUAAGCCUCAAGGCAACGGGGAGUAUAGGUGGUUGGAUGGUUCAAUAUAUUAAGGAUAAUUUUUAGAGGGAAAACGACAUGGACAUGGGAUGUGGAGUAACAAACUUGGAUCAUCAUAUGAGGUAUAAUUAAUAUUUUAAAUUAGGGAGAUUAUGAAAAUGAUUUAAAGCAUGGGAAGGGUAAAUUGAUUUAUCAAGAUGGGAGUUAUUAUUUUGGUUAAUUUGUAAAUGAUAUGAGAGAAGGUUAAGGAACAUAUCAUCAAAGCAAUGGAGUGAUAAUAGAUGGAUUAUGGAAAGAGAAUAGAUUCAUUGGGAGUAGUAAUCAUGAUUCGCAUAGGCAAAGGAAGGAAUAAUAAUAAACAGAAUAAAAUUAGCGGAAUCUUAUUUUUGCUCUAAAUAAUUGGCAAAAUCAGAAAUUUAAUCUGCAGUUGAAAUAGGAGUCCAAAUUAAAUUAAAGCAAUAGGGCAAACUCAACAAAUUAGUAAAGAUCAUCUAGAAUAUCAAGAUGUUAGAGGAAUCCAAACUCUAAAUCUGAUGAAUUGUAGGGCAUUUCAAUAGAUGAGGCAGAGAGAACAAUAAAGAAGAAGAAAAACUAUAGAUCUUAGUAAUCGAACUAUUUAUUGAUUAAUAAUAACAAAAAAUCAAUAAAAAAUGUAUUUGAAAUUUGA